UGGGAGGAGCGUGCGUGACACAUCAAAACUUGAUGGAAAAAAAGACAGCUCAGCAGCCAAGAGACAGUGGUGCUCAGGGAUCUGUGGUUAAAGCACUGUCAAAAAAGGCACGAUCGAAUAAUUUAAGAUAACACUGUGGCCUCGUGCUACAACCCAACAGACAAGGAAACGGGAUUUGGUUGUUGAUAUUUCACCUCUGUCAGCUGUGUAGCGGUAUUUCUGCGAUGGAGUUUCCAGAUUUGGGAGAGCACUGCUCUGAGAAGACCUGCAAACGUUUAGAUUUUCUUCCUAUGAGAUGUGACGCCUGUCAAGAGAUUUUCUGCAAGGACCACAUUACCUAUGCAAAUCACAAAUGCAUGUCGUCCUACAAAAAGGAUGUCCAGGUCCCAGUGUGUCCUUUGUGCAACAUCCCGAUUCCCAUCAAGAGAGGAGAGAUGCCCGACAUUAAAGUCGGUGAACACAUUGAUCGGGAUUGCAAAUCGGACCCUGCACAGAGAAAGAGAAAGAUUUUCACAAAUAAAUGUUCUAAAGGAGGCUGUAAGCAGAAGGAAAUGAUACGAGUGACUUGUGACCAGUGUCAUCUGAAUUACUGUCUUAAACACCGGCACCCACUAGACCAUGAUUGUAAGACUGAUGGAAAACCUCUGUCCAAACCAGGACAUGCUGCUGCAAUGAGGGCCCAUGGUGCUUCCUCCACCUCUGGAUCUAGUUCAUCAGCUUCAGGACACUCUAGACCUGUUUCUAAUGGUGUGGGUGCAAAUAACAGAGGCCACAACAGUGGCUCUACCCAGCGGAUCCCUACUUCCGUUUCAGCACAGAAUGUGAUACCACCAUCGGCAUCAUUUCAGGCCGGCAUGACGGAGGAGCAGGCUUUACAAAGGGCUCUGGAGUUGUCUUUGGCUGAUUCAAGCCCAACAGUUCAGCCAGCCCUUAGGGUGCUACCAACCAGAAGCAAAUAUCCAUUGAAUUCACAUAACCCUCAGGAGCAGGAGGAUCUGGCUCUCGCUCAGGCUCUCGCUGCCAGUGAAGAAGAAUACAGGCGUCAGCAGCAGAGACAACAGGUACCCAGAAAGCUUAGCCAUCAGUAGCAUGCUAACAGGAACGCAUGGGAGGGAGUCCAAACAGUCCAACUGCAGCCUUUCUUAAUCUCCGCCCACCAUUUAGACUUCAAGCUGUGCUAAUUAUCUACUAGAAACUGCACAUCUGGAGUAUCAAUUUCCAGGAUCAAUGAUUGUUACAUGAAGAAAUACUCUUGGACGUUUGCUGAGACAUUGCCGCCUUCUAAUAUAAGCACAUAUUUUCCCAGCAGGAUCUGUCAUUUUUACUAAUUAUUUGCUCUGUACAUAUUUUAUAUGCUGUUCAUGAUGAAACCAUUGUAUUACCAUAUAUGAAUAUUGAAUAAAUUAUUUCAAAGCUGCA